AUGGGUUGGUGCGACAGUAUAGGAAGAAGAAAAGAGGAGGAGGGAAUGAAAGUUUUAGCAGUACUAUGGACGGUCUAUUUGAUAAGGUUAUGCAGUGCAGGAUGUCUUGGAAAGAGUAAGACCAAAGAUGACGAUAAUGGAGCUUAUGGUGGAUCUACGGAGAAUCUUAGAAGUUCUCCAGAACAUGCUAAAGUAUCCUCUGAAGAGACUCCCGUAGAGGUCACACCAGAUACUUCUUUACAGGAAGAGAUGCAUGUGGACUCGCCUGAAGAAGAGCAUCCUAGAGCUAAUGAAAAAGCAUCUUCCAAGACUCCUACUACUAGUGAAGACAAGUUCAAUGUCAAGUACUUUGAAAAGAACGUCAAUGGUGAAUGGAAAGAGCUCACACUGGAUGACUUUUUAAAGAAGUUUGAUGAAAUACUUAAGCAUCAAGAACCAGAAAAGUAUACAUCAACGCCUGAACUAGAUCAACAACCAAACCAAAGUACUAAAAAUUCCUGA